UUUAGCUCAAAGUGUGGUUGCUUUUCAUUCAGCCUGAUGGAGCUGUCAUUGCCUGGGUUAGUUAUGCUUCAGAUGCUCUGUUUAGCUACUGGAUAUCCCACUGGGGCUCCUACUGGCGCCUGUGAAGACAUGAUGCCUCGCCAUACUGGUGUGCUGCCACAGCCGUCACCAGCACCCUACACUCUCCUGGUCAACACUGGGACCUUUCAGCCGGGAAAGGCCAUUACUGUGACUAUCAGUGGACCAGAGUAUCGUGGUGUGCUUCUGGAAGCUCGGACAUACGGCAGCACUAAUGCUAUUGGGAGCUGGCAGCUCCCUCCUCCAGACACAAAGUUUCUUGAGUGUACAGGGAAUCCACAAGGUGCUAUUACUCAUUCGAACAUCAACCUGAAGGCCGAUUCCACUGCAUACAGCUGGAUACCUCCUAACUCUACCAGCCCUGUCUACUUCAUGGCCACAGUAGCUCAACAGCGCGCAGUCUUCUGGGUAAAUGUGAGGUCCGCCGCUCUGACAAGAGGGAAACCAGCAAGUCUGGGAUUGGCUACAGGAGCAAGUGCAGAAAUGUCGAAAGAAAAACCUGUGCUUCUCCUCGGGAUAUGUUUUCUGAUGAUACUGGUGCUGGCAUGAACAUCUUGGGAAAAGACAAAGUUUUCCUGCAAUCUACUGGGCUCUGAAUAAUGCUUUGUAUUAAUCACAAAAUUGGGUUUGAUGAUCUCCCUUUUAAAAUACUAAUUUUGGCUACCAUUAUGUCAUUACUUUAUGUUCAUUUACAUUUUGUGUUAAGCCACAAACAUGAAGUAUAAAGAAUUUCCCUCUCCUUAGAGAUCAUUUAUAGAUGUACUUAUUGCAUUAUCCAGUCUUGUCCAAACCUUUUAGGGUGUGAGUUCAGUCCUAUUUAAUACGUAAUAAAACAUGUGGACUACUGCAAAGAGAGGAACUGGGGCACCUUUGCAGACAUUAACUGACAUUUAAAACAUUUGAACGCUUUGAACAAAAUGCAUUCAAGCUUUUAAAGGAAAUGUAUGAUUACAUAAGAAAAGGUCAGUCAUUCUGGUGCGUCAUCUCUGUGGCUUUUUUAAAAUAUAUACUCCACUACAGAACAAUGUUUAGUUUAACAACAAGCACGUCACGCUCUUACUCCCUUAUGUGCAUGAUUUACUGUACAUGGAGAACCUCUGCAUGAUUAAAGAUUUUCCACCAGA